AUGGGAGAACUCUAUGGAGAAGAAGAUAAUGAGGAUGGCAAAAUGGAGGGAAAGAAGGACAUGGAGAAAUUCAAAAGAAAAGAGCUCGGUCUGUCCUGCAUGUUAAACACGGAAGUCGGGUCGGUUCUAGCUGUGAUCCGGCGGCCAAUCGACCCGAGUACCCAGUACAUACAAGAAGAGAACUUUGAUUCCUCGUUAGUACACUCUUUAAGAUCAUUACGCUCUCUGAUUUUCAAUCCUCAACAAGAAUGGCGAACCUUUGAUCCCACCAUUUAUCUCUCUCCAUUUCUUGAUGUUAUACAAAGCUGCGACGUUCCAGCUGCCGCCACUGGGGUUGCUCUCUCAGCCGUGUUGAAGAUUUUCAAGGUUGGAAUCUUUGAUGAGAAGACCCCAGGAGUAAAAGAAGCCAUUAAUGCUGUUGUCACGGUCGUUACAAGCUGUCAGCUUGAAAGAACAGACCGUGCAUCUGAAGAUGCUGUGAUGAUGAGGAUUUUACAGGUUUUUAUUUCUAUCAUGAAACACCCGGCCUCAGUUUUGCUUACAGAUGAUUCCGUUUGUGUUAUUGUGAAUUCUUGUUUUCAAGUUGUUCAACAAUCUGCAAGCCGAGGGGAUUUGCUGCAACGUAGUGCCAGAUAUACAAUGCAUGAGUUGAUACAAAUUAUAUUCUCUCGGUUGCCUGAAAUUGAGGCUAAAUCAGAAGAUGCAUCAGAAUCUGAUUCUGAAGAUGUUGAUUUUGACCGAAAUUUGGAUUCAGGGUAUGGAGUUCGUUCUGCUGUUGAUAUAUUUCAUUUCUUGUGUUCUUUGCUAAAUGUACUGCAAAUUCUGGAGACAGAAGGCUAUCACUCUGUUGAUGAAGACGUUCAGCUUUUCGCAUUGGUUCUGAUAAAUUCUGCCAUUGAAUUAAGUGGGGAUGCUAUUGGAAAACAUUCGAAGCUCUUAAGGAUGGUUCAAGAUGAUUUAUUUCACCAUUUGAUCCACUAUGGUGAGGGUUCAAGCCCUCUUGUGCUAUCUAUGAUUUGCAGUACUGUGUUGAAUGUUUAUCACUUUCUUCGGAGGUUCAUUCGUCUCCAACUGGAAGCUUUUUUUGCUUUUGUACUUCUAAGAAUUGCAGCUCGAGGGCGAUCUCUUCAACUCCAAGAGGUUGCUCUUGAAGGCAUAAUCAAUUUCUGCAGACAACCCACAUUCAUAGUUGAAGCCUAUGUGAACUAUGAUUGUGAUCCCCUUUGCCAAAAUAUUCUAGAGGAGAUAGGAAGGUUGCUUUGCAAGCACUCGUUUCCAGGGGCUGCCCCGUUGACGAGUUUACAAAUGCAAGCAUUCGAAGGAUUGGUAAUCCUGAUUCACACCAUUGCAGAAAACAUUGACAAAGGAGAUUCAAGCCCUUCCGGACCAUUCCCAGUUGAAAUUACGGAGUAUAAACCCUUUUGGGAAGAGUUACCUAAAGGCGAUGAUCUUGAUGCAUGGGUGCAAAGUGUAAGGCUUCGGAAAGCACAGAAAAGGAAAAUACUGAUCGCCGGCAAUCAUUUUAAUCGCGACGAAAGGAAGGGUUUAGAGUAUCUUAAACUUAGUCAAUUGGUCUCGGAUCCCCCCAAUCCAAAAGCCUAUGCUUUCUUCUUUCGCUAUACUCAUGGACUAGACAAAAACUUCGUUGGGGACUUUCUUGGUGACCCUGAUGAGUUCCACAUCCAAGUUCUCAAAGAAUUCACUGAAACCUUUGAAUUUUCUGGCAUGGCCCUCGACAACGCUCUACGAAAUUAUCUAGAGACAUUCCGUUUGCCUGGAGAAUCUCAGAAGAUUCAACGGAUCCUGGAAGCCUUCUCAGAAAGAUUUUACGAUCAACAAUUCUCAGAAAUUUUUGUAAGCAAGGAUUCAGUGUUAAUACUUUGCUAUUCUCUCAUUAUGCUUAAUACUGAUCAGCAUAAUCCGCAAGUCAAGAAGAAGAUGACUGAGGAAGAGUUCAUCAAGAACAACAGAGCAAUCAAUGGAGGAAAAGAUCUUCCCAGAGAGUAUCUCUCGGAGCUUUUUCACUCUAUUGCAAACAAUGAGAUAACGCUUCUUGAGCGAUCCGGCCGCUCAAUUGAAAUGAAUCCAAGCAGAUGGAUUGAGUUAAUGAAUCGAUCCAGGUCUAUGAACCCCUUUAUUCUAUGUGAUUUUGAUCGUUGGCUAGGGAGAGAUAUGUUUGCUUGCAUUGCUGGUCCAUCAGUGGCGGCCCUUUGUGCCUUUUUUGAGAAUGCUGAUGAAGAUGAAUUGCUUGAAGAAUGCAUAGAAGGAUUAAUCUCAAUCUCUAGAAUAGCUCAAUAUGGACUAGAAGACACUCUUGAUGAACUUCUUGCCUCAUUCUGCAAAUUCACUACCUUGUUAAAUCCUUAUGCCACAGCAGAAGAAACAAUGUUUACUUUCAGCAAUGAUAUAAAGCCAAAAAUGGCUACGCUUGCUGUGUUCACCCUUGCAAAUAACUUCGGAGACUCGAUUCGAGGGGGUUGGAGGAACAUAGUGGACUGCUUGUUGAAGCUAAAAAGGCUCAUGCUACUACCCCAAUCUGUGAUUGAAUUUGAUACCUCUUCUACGGCUGAUGCCCCGUCACACUCCAGAACUGAAUCCGGCAUCGUCACUCCCUCGCAAGAAGCUAAAUUCGGAGUUGGAAGCCACCAGACUUCUGGCAUGAUCAGUCGGUUCACCCAUUUUCUAUCCCUUGAUAGCCCGGAAGACGCCAUAACCCUUGGCAUGAACGAGUUAGAACAAAAUCUCAAGAUUAUCAAACAGUGCAAAAUUGGAAACAUCUUCAGCAAUUGUUCCAACUUAGCUGUUGAAGCUUUACUAAAUCUGGGGCGUUCUCUGAUAUUUUCAGCUGCAGGAAAAGGCCAAAAGUUUAGCACCCCAGUUGAAGAAGAGGAAACAGUUGGUUUCUGUUGGGAUUUAAUCACCGCCAUUGCUUUAGCCAACACACACAGGUUUCAAGCAUUUUGGUUCUUUUUCCAUGAGUAUCUUCUUGAUGUUGCUCAGUUUCCUCUGUUUUCCCCCAUCCCCUUUGCAGAAAAGGGAAUUGUAGGCCUCUUCAAGGUGUGUCUGAGGCUUCUUUCUUCCUACCAAGUAGACAAAUUACCAGAGGAGCUAAUUUUCAAGUCCAUAAAUUUAAUGUGGAAGCUGGAUAAAGAAAUCCUUGAGACUUCUUGUCAGUUCAUAACACAAUCAGUCAGCAAGAUCAUCAUUGAAUACCCUGCAAAUUUGCAAUCCAUGCUAGGCUGGAAAACUGUUCUUCAUUUAUUAUCAGUAACCGGUCGCCACCCGGAAGCCUAUGAUCAAGGGGUCGAGACUUUAAUCAUGUUAAUGUCUGAUGCCAUUCAUGUUUCAAAAACAAAUUAUGCCUACUGUAUAGACUGUGCAUUUAGUUUUGUGGCACUCAAGAACAGCCCAUUGGACAAGAACUUAAAGAUUCUAGACUUAAUGUCAGAAUCGGUAAAUUUGCUGACAAAUUGGUAUAAAAAUGCCUGCCUAGAAUCAGGGGCCACUAUCACCGUUGCAAGCACUUCAAGUGGCUCCCCCAUUGAGGACUCCAAAAGUCUUGCUUCUUUAACCAUAAAUUUAUUCAUCAAACUAGGGGAAGCACUCAGAAAAACAAGCUUAGCCCGCCGAGAAGAAUUGAGAAAUCAUGCAGUUUUAUCUCUUCAGAGAAGUUUUACACUGGCUGAAGGGCUAGAUCUUUCAUCAACAAACAUCAUCAAUUGUUUCAACCUGGUGAUUUUUGCCAUGGUUGAUGAUUUACAUGAAAAGAUGGUGGAGUAUUCAAGAAGGGAGAAUGCAGAGAAGGAAAUGAGAAGCAUGGAAGAGACUUUAAAGCUUGCAAUGGAGCUCAUGGCAGAAGUGUAUUUGCAGUAUCUAAAACAGAUAGUAGAGAGUGCAGGCUUCAGGACUUUCUGGCUAGGAUUGUUGAGAAGAAUGGAUACAUGCAUGAAGGCUGAUUUGGGGGCAUAUGGGGACACCAAAUUACAAGAAAUAAUUCCAGAAUUGUUGACCAAGAUGAUCACAAAAAUGAAGGAAAUGGAAAUUUUAGUGCCAAAAGAAGGUGAUGAUUUAUGGGAAAUCACUUACUUUCAGAUACAAUGGAUAGCUCCUUCACUCAAGGAUGACCUUUUUCCUAAUGACUUUGGCAUCUGAUACUUAACACCACCAUCAAUUUUUA